GUAUCGAAUUCAUUCGAGAGAAAACGCGCGCCGUCAUGCUGCAAUUGUGUCUCGGCCACUACUCAGAUCCGCUUUUCGUUCUUCUCUGUGGUAUCCGACGUCGAAGGAGCAGCCUCGACCUCUUCUGCUUAGCCCACCCCUUCCAUUUCCUCGAUGGAUCAAGAGUAAUACUUGGCAUUCAGCUCUCGACCCUACACACUCUCUGGGCGCUUCCAACGGAGCGCCGUACCGUAUCCGGACGCAUGUGUCGAACACCGCCUCAGCCUCUUGACGCAAUCAGGUCCCAGCCGACUACCUCCCCCGGCGCGCCGCGCGCCAUUCUGAGGAAGGGCCGCAGCCAACGCGUCUAUUCGACUCGGCACCGCACACAACUUACUCUAUGCGAUCCGCAGGACACGAUGAAGCAGAUCUUGGCCUGAGAAUGCGGGCGUCGAGUCCCGAGCGGUGAGCACUAUGCCAUCGUCUAGCGAU